UAGAUGUUAACGCAUACAAUGAUGAAUGCGCAUAUAAUUAUUCUGAAAUAGACUUUGAUGAAUAUUGUUAUGAGAAGAAAGAAGAAAGAUUGACAGAUUAUUUACAAGAUUUGGGUGGUAACUAUAAUGAAUGGUAUACUCCUAUAUGGGAUUCAGAGGAUCCAAUCACGGAUUUGUUUAGACCUCUAUUGGAUGAGCCAUGCGUCAUUUAA